AUGUCUACGGUUGACGCCUUGACGCUUGAUGAUUUUUUUCAAUUUUUAUUCAAUUUACUCUAAGAUUUUGUCGUAUACGCGUGAUUUAAUAAGAUUUCAACAACUACUACAUAAAAUAUUUACAAAUGAUUUUGAUUCGGACGUAUUUGGGUUCCAGCGAACAAGGACGGAAUACUUACAUGGAUAUAAUGCGCGUUUUAUCAUUCUGCAUGUGCGUGAAAGAAAUGUCAGUUUAAAGAAUGGUAAAAUACGUAAUUUGUUGCUGUGUUAAAAUGUAAUGCACCUGAACAAGUGUGAAUAAUACUUUUGCUAUGUGAUAGUGCGUGUGAUAAAACAGAUGAUCAAUAAUUCCGUUGUAAUGAAACGAACAAAAGUAUAGUGUUGGGUAGCUAGUUUUUGACAGCCGGCAGGCUCGUCGUAAGUGACUUACGAUUGGCCCCCUAUAAAAAUGAACAGUCGUGGUAGCGUAAAUGAAUCGAAUUUGGUGAAUCUCUCAGGGGAUCUGUUGAAUCCAUUGGACACGAAAGAGUCGUUGGCGCUGAGUUUCCCGUUUGAUCACAUAUACGCUUGUCACUCGGAGGAAUCAGAUCGCCGACAGGCGCAUCUCGACAAGGAAGUAGAAAUUGCCCUCCCUGAUGACAAGGAAUUAGUGCCACUUGGGGAACAAUCACUUGAGGUUAGAAGACUCUCUGAAAAAUUAACUGCUGCUGAAAUUCAAAAUCAAAGAUUGAAAAGUUUGCUAGUUUAUCAUUUGGAUUUGAUACAACAACAAAAUGAUCUUAUAACCAAGAAAGAGAAACAAAAUACAGCUCUUCAACUGGAAAAUGACUCUCUUAAAUCUAAGGUGACGCGUAUGGACAGAAGGAUAACAGUGAGUCAGAGGCAUAAUGUUAAUCCUGCACCUGUUUUAAAUCUGCCACCUCCCACAAGUGCGCCACCACCUACAAGUGCGCCGCCACCUAUCAGUGCAGCACCACCAUCUCCGACCAUUGCUGCAACUAUCAAAACUGAACCAGGAACUUCUGAUAAUCAGUUGGUCUAUAAUAGUAUUACUGAUUUUUUGGUGCCGGAAACUAGAAAGAGUCCAUAUCUUUUUAAUAAUGAUAUUACUAAAACAAAACCUUUGAUGCCAGACGCCUUUGAUUUGAAUAGACCUGCAGAAUCAGAUGUGCCCAGCUACUUGCCAGGGGAAAUAGGUGUGCCCUCGAUUUUGGAGAACAGCGGGCUGCCGUGCGACAACUUCAACAUGAUUGAGAACAAACAGUCGUACAUCAAAAAGGAAAUCAAGACUGAACCUCGACCGGAACCUUUGUACACCGUCACGUCAAACAGGUUCGGCAACACCGUGAUCCAAAAGAUACAGAGGAAUCGAAGAAGGACAUCCGGGGGUUUAGGUAGUUUAAGUCGACUACCGAAAACGCCUGUUGUUAAAACCGAACCAGAAGAAAAUGUAUUCGAGGAUGACAAAGCUUUUGAGCGUUCCUUCAGUGUUAAUAAAAAGUCGAAAAUGAUCAAUACUUAUGGAAAAUCUAAAAACGCCACUAUUCCAAAGAAAACACCUCACUACACCGGUUCGCUGUCAGAUCGGUUACAAUUAAUAGAUACGACACCUACUGGUGAAGACCCGUACCAACUAGGAGAGGCUGAUAUGAGAGAGCAAUCACCGAUUCCGAAACUUAUGCUUCAAAAAACAAAUCAUGGUAGGCUGAAAAUAUGCUCGGAUCUUAUGGGAGAGAGUGUGAUUCCCUCGAGGCGCAUAUAUGAUGCGCCAGCAACUGAAACAAGCUCUAAAAUGCCAAAUAAAAUAAAACUUGAGAAAAGGUACAAUUUACCGAACAUUGUGCCCUAUUCAGCUGCACAAGCUACUACGCAUACGCUUACACACGCGUCGCUAACGACUACAGAUACGGGGUCGAUGAUGUCCACUUACACGCACGUUUCUAAGUCGACAGCCCAUAUACCUAAGCAAUCUCCGACUCCCAAGCAAACAACUCCUAAGCAAACAACUAGGCAGACGUCAGCUCACAGUGCUAAGCACUCGGCGGUAUCUACGAAUACCUGUACUUACACGAACACCUACACGCCUACUACAAGAAAUUCGAGUACACGUAGCCACACGACCCCAAACAAAGGCAGGACGUCACAAAGGAGUUCUCAAUCUGGCUCUCGGAAAUCCACGCAAGCGGCAACGAACAAACUGUUGAAUGUGAGCGCUGCGAGCACGGUGAGCACGGUCAACACGGUGAACACUGUUAACACGAUGAUCACGGUUAACACGGUGAACACGAUUAACACGAUGAUGACAGUUACCACGGUGAACACUGUUAACACGGUUAAUACGGUGAACACAGUGAGCACGGUGAACGCCAUGAACACGGUAAAUACGGUGAACGCGAUGAACACGGUGAACACCGUUAACUCGCUGAACACACCAAAGCCAGUCAUUAAAACCUCAUUAUCAACAACACUUAAUAAUCUGCAUACAGCGACACUUGCCGCCUUACACAUGGUACCUCUGGCGCUCACACAUACUCCCUCGCAGGGUCACCAAUUGCACGCGGCGAUAAUAUCUACACCGCUCAAACCAACUACCCUUAAAGAAAUUAAAAAGGAAUCUCAGGAGGCUACGAUGUCGACGCCGAAGACGGCAAUCCUACAUCAGCCGCUGAUAAUACAACAACCGACGUUAGUAAAGCAAGCUGGAAUAGUGCCGCAACCGGGGAUAAUGCAGCAAUCACCGAUGGUGCAGCAACCCACGAUACUACAGCAACCGGCUAUAUUACAGCAAACAGCAAAUCUUCAGCAUCUAACAUUAGCACAACAAACGGCGUUAGCACAGCAAGCUGCUUUAGCGCAGCAAGCGGCAUUAGCGCAACAACCUGGCUGCUCCAACAUGCAACAUCAGGAUGCGGACGUGAAAAAAGAAUCAGGCUUACGUGUUGACUGGUCUUUAUACAAUAAUCUUAACUUGAGCACGGACGCUGCAACUUUAACCGACUUUUAUACAGAGGACCCAGGCUCACCUUUGCCACAGUUUGAUGUUUCUGAAUUUCGGCAACUAAUAGAAAAUGAAGCAGCAGCGGCAGCCGCUGUAGCUGCUUUAGAUAAAAUGGAUACACUGGAUUAUGGUACGAUCGAAAAAAAUGAAAGUGAUGUCAAAAAAAGGGGAGCAAGAACUGCAAGCCUCAUCGCACCCGGUGUCCUCGAAGAGGAAACUACGGAUAACCGUCGUGGUAUGGGCAGUAAACGUGGAAGAAAACGUGCCUUGUCUAGCGCGGGAUUAAUGAAAAAUGCUAAGCAAAAUUUAUCGAAAGCAGUCGGGCCCAAGCCAAAAACGAUUAAGGGAAAAGCUGCGUGCCGCGGCAAGAAAUCUCCUCUGCCAGGAAUGACUACGGGAAAACCGUAUCACACUCUGGUGGGAGACCCGGACGUAUCGUGGUACCUUGGUCUGGACCCCGACGUUAAACAAGAAGACAUCGAUCAGGGAGAGUGCACAGCCUCCACUGUAGAGGUACCAAGAUGGCGGGAGAAACCAUACUCUAGUUUAUAUAGUCUUGAAGGGACAGAAAACUUAGACGAUAAAAUUUUCGAAAAGCGUCACCAAAAAUUAGAAGCUGAAGAACGACGGCAACUCAGGUGGCACAUGAGACGAAUCCGUGAGCAGCGACAUGUAGAGCGUCUUCGAAUGCGGCAGCGGGAUCCUUGGUAUAGCGGGCACUCUCAUUACCAACCCUCAGUAUACACGAUCUGGCCGCAGCCUCAAAGGGACGUGCGAAUGAUCGAAAUCACCGAUACCAUACCAGUUAUGGCUUUCGGGGAGGACCUGCCCGAUAUACCACCGGCUGACUUUAUGUUGCCGUGGGUGAGAACAUCAAAAGCUUUAAAGAGAUCUAAACGUUCGAAGACGCUACAUUGAUCGUCCAUGGACUGCGUACCACGCUCGGUUAAGAUUCCCAGUUGGGCCAAUCCAUGAUAGGUAUAUGAUGUGUAUUUUAACUUUCACCAAUCGGAACCGAUUUCUGCCAAAAGAUGGGUCUGGUUGGACUGUAAGUAGUAAGCCGGUACGGCACUUCCCAGAGUCGUAUUGUAUAGUGUGGCCUACAUGAGCACGAUUAAAUGGACAUUAAUAAUUUUAGAAUUGGGCGUUGACGCCUGUUGACGAGUGCUCUUGUAGUUGUUUCGAUCGUAGGAUUUAAAAAGGCUAUUGUCGUGUUAAAUGGUGAUUGGUCGCGGUCGUACCGGCGAUUUUAUAGGAAAGUUAGCUGACAACUAUACCUGAUUUGAUGAAUAACUUCUCGUAGGCUAUACUUAUACUGAAUAAGAAUAGAAAAUAUUGCAAGUCUCUUAAACUAAUUAAAAUGUUUAGUUUUUGUUUGUUGAUCAACAAUAGGGUGAUAUAUAGGAAUUAAUGUUUUAGGAUCAAGCGUCGGACAUAGUUCUAGGCAUAAUAGUAAGAUCACAAGUUAUUUAUCUGUGUCUAUGAUAGAUGUAACACGGAAAUUAGGUACUUACUUCAUAGAAACUAAAUUUUCAAAAAAUUGAAAUUCUAAUAAAUCAGUUUUGUAGUUGUAUUAUAAUUAUUAAAAUUAGUGGAAUGAAAUUACAAUAGCCAGGUAGUAUAGCGGGUUUCAAGUUUAAAUUAUAAUAUUGGUCGAUAAUAGUGGACUAGACGUUAGUACAUGUUUUAAGUACCUAAACUAUAUUAGUCACUGUCUUUGAAUUGCUUUUCCGUGUGAAAAAUAUAUUAUAGCGAAGCCAAAUAAAUGUUAAGCGAUUUCAAUUUAAUUAACAAUCCCUUAAAAUUAACAAAGUUAUAAUAAUUCAGUAAUUAGUUUUGAAUGCAUGAGAUAGCAUCUCACGUUAGUUCUUACAUGUGCACAUUUAUAAGAAAACAAAAAAUGAAAUGAAAAACAAUAUCGGUGUUUACAAUAUAGGUACUUUAAAAUAGUAAUAAUCAUUCACUCUGGUCUUAUAAUAGAGUCCAAAUGAUUCAAUCAAUAAUUAAUAAAGUUAUAAUACAUCAAAAUAAUGAAAUAGAUCCUUAUCAACUUCCAUAUUUUUAGGAUAUAGCGAUACUGUUCCUGUCAGUAGUCAAAAUGCUUAUGGACCUUACUGCAAACAGCCACUGUUGACUAAAUACACCAGAAGCGUCGCAAGUAAGGCUACUUGCGACUCUUCUGGUCUGUGGUGAUUCACAUUCGGAAAUCGUCGUACUAAAAUGUAAUAUUCCGUUGAAAUUUCAUUUUGACACUGGGUUUCAAAUAUUACUCAAUGAAACCUAAAGCUAUAUGUACCAUCUUUCGCUGUUUAUGUUGACAAUGGAAGUAAUUAGGUCUCACGAUGAUGAAAUAUAGUAAACCACAGGUCCUAAGCUUAAUAUAAAGAUACCAUUCAGACGCAAUACAACAAUGUGGCUUGAGAUUGCCUGAAACAAAACAAACAAUGUAUUUUUGACUAUGACUAUUAUUUGUUUAAUUUAAUGUAAAGCUCUCUAUAGCUUAGUUUACGAGACAAAAGAGUGCAUUUUGUAUUAUACAAGGUACUUCUUUGCCACACAAACUAAAUAGGGAUAUUGUUAUGUGUUUGUACCGGGUUUACGUUUUCUAAGUGAUGUGUGGGCACCACAUACCGUUGUGCAAUACCCCCACAAAAGUUUAUAUAUUUUUGAAAUUUUUUAUAUAAUUUUUGUUGUAAAUAUUUCAUUAAUUAUUAUGGACAUUUUUGUAAAUAUCGAACGUAUAGAAUAUGUUCAAAUCAUCGUUUAAUUUUCUAUUAAUUGCUUAAGUUUUAUUGACAAGUCAAAAUUUAUUUGUAAUAUUUUCUCGAGUUAUUUAGUGAUCUAGUUUCCACCGGUACCUUGGUUUGAAAUGAAUGACAGGCCGCUUAAGGAAGAAUGGUUCAUAAUUGAGUUAUUAAUGGGAAUAUUUCCAGUGGUAGUCUAUUUCUUAUUAUACAGUAUAAUAAUGUUAUUAUACUGACAUACCUACUUCCUUUACCAGUUAAAAGAGGCUCCUUAGGGAAUCGGCGAUAAUGUCAUCUCACAUCAUUUAUAUAAAUAUAAUUUAUUAUGAAUUCUAUCUUUAUUUAUAAUUUCUGACUUUUGUUACUUUAUAAAAAAGAAAAUCACUAUAAUCAUACAAAAUCAAUAAGAAAACGUAUUUUAACGAGUGAGAUGGCUUCAAAUUAAAAAUUAAUAUUUCGAAUUGUCUGGUUAUUUAUUCACUUCUUUGUCGUCCAUAAAAAGAAAAUAAUAAAAAAAUACAAUAAUAUAAAUAACAAAAAAAAAACAUUUAUUUCCGUGAUUAUAAAUAACAUAAAUGAGUUACAUUAUAGCAGAACAAGAUUUCUUUUUUUCUAUCAACAUACAUUUUUGUAUUUGAUAUUUUUCUUCUUUGAUGACAAGUACACUUCCAAUAAAAUGUUAAAUGCAAUGUUUUCGCAUAAUAUAUUUUGUCAGAACGGGCAUCAUACUUGAAAAUGUGAGUAACUCCUGUAUGCUUUGAACUAGUUGUAGAAUGGUUAUAGCAUCAAAUGUUAUAAAGCUCCCCAACUGUUUUACAUGAUGAAUUUUGCAAGUUUUACAAUGAUCUGAACAGUACUUCCGAUUUGAAAGUAACACUUAUACUUAAAGUAACUGAGUGUUCGACCAUAGCUAAUUGUGUAUCUAAUAAAUGAAUUCUUGUUUUAUUCUUAACAAGUUUAUGAUAUACUGCUAGACUGCUACAUAUUGUUAAUCCAGCAUUGAUGUUUCUAUGUGUAGAUUUUGUGUCAUACAUUAAUCGCUGUAUCUAUAGUCUUCGUAUCCUAGAAUUGUGGAUAAGUUGGUAGAUAGAAAUUACUGUUCUUAUCGAGAAAUGUAAAUAAUGUUUACCUAAUAAAAAGACACGCGGGAGAUAAUGGAAAUCUGUGAUUCUAGAAGACUGCGCUGGGAAUAUAAGUAAGUCUCGUUACUUUCAUGUCGAUGGAAUGUAAUCGCAUUUAUAUAGCGGAGCGACUAAUUAUUAAAGUACGGGAAUCACGUAUUAAAUUAUGAAAUAAAAUAUACGUGAGCUGUAUGUAUAACCAUUUAAAAUCUCUUGCCAUCAACUUUAUCUAUCGUUUUUUGCAUACCAUAGUAAAAUAAGAAAUUUUAGAUCGAAUUCAAUAAAAUCGUAGAUUGAUUCUUCCAACACUUACGAUAGUUACUAUAAUACUGAAAAUUUCUUAAAAGCAACACAAUAUAGUUGAUAAAGAUUUCUUGGAUUAAAAUAGACUCGUAAUUAAUAAUUAAUAGAUCAUGGCUAAAAAAUUGUUGUUUAAUGUAUGUAAUUAGGUUGGUAAAUAGAAUUCAGAAGGCUUCCUAAAAGCAGGUUCGCCUCUGUCUCCCAAAACACAUGAUAAAAAACUUAUAUAUUAAAGGCAAAAAAACGUGUGCCAAUGUUAGGUACUUAUUAAAAUCAUCUCCGAUUCCAUUUUUGCUAAUAUUUCGAUUAAAAAUACUUAUUAGCAGUACGGAAUAGCAGUAGAUUUCGUUCUUUAUUCUGCAUUAAACAAUUUUGAGUAAACAUAAAUUUAAAAUAAUUGUAAAAUAGGUGUUUUACUAAAAUUAGCCACUAGCCUCAGGCAACAUUUAUAUUUGUAAUUUAUCAGUCUUUCUAUGUGUUCGAUCGUCCAGAAAUUUCGAUAAUUAUGUGCAUUUCUAAAAGAAAAAUAUUCUAUUUUUAGCAAUUUAUUAUUACCAAAGUUUGAUCAAUAUUAUUUUGUGUUCAAGAAGCUUUCGUUUGUCACUCCAUGUGAUGAUUUAUAAAAUAAUCGUUUUAUAUCAGUCGGAAUGUAUGUAAAUAGAUGGAAUGAGAAUAUUCGUACCACAAUAUUACAUGUGGUGUCGACUGAACGUUUAUACACACGUGGAUACGGUAACACCCUAAUUAAACUAAAUAACUUUCUUCCUUUAAAAUAAUUAGCGUAUAGGCUGGAUCCAUGUGUCCCGAGCAGUUAGCCCUCUGUAAAUACGUAUUUAUAAUCGAUUAGUUAGUAUUGUGUUCCAAUCGUUCGUGUACAGGUAAUUCAUAUAUCUGUACCAGUUUUUCCACAUUGGUGUAACCAUUCCGAAUAUUUUAGGCAUUCGGAGUAGUUCCUUUACUGCGGUUGUUUCGCACAUCGUGCCCAUUUAUUUUCGAACCCUUUAUGUUAUUUCAAACCGUGAUAUUUAUUUAAUACAUUCCUCGCUUUAUAUCUCCUAAAUUUUGUCACUUAUCUAUCCACAAUUAACGUACCUGGAAAUUUUAAAUAAUUCAAUAUUCUAAUGUUUUUUAUAACUUACUGUUUAAUGUAAUAAAAAUUUUGGAAAGUAAAAUUACUGUAUUUAAAUCAUAGGUAUAUGUGUUUUUAAAGUUCUGAUAAUAGAUAAUACUUUUCGUCAGUUUACUUAGAAUACCUGCAUUACAUUUAGAUGUGAUAUGUUUGAUUAAGAAAUAUGCUCCCUCAUUUGGGAGAAGUGAGUCCCAGUGGCAUAAAAAUACAUGUAGUAAAUUAACAUAAAUGUGACUAAGUAGGGUAUAUGUUUUAGUCUUUUACAAUUUUCAAAAAAUAUACACAUUAUAUUAAUUGUAAUGAAGUUUUCAACAUGAAUGUACACGACCCUAAAAAUAUGAAUUUAACGCGUAUCAUAGAUGAAGUAUUUGCGGUAUUUAAGAUGCUUACAGAGGUUUUGGUUACCAUAGACAAUUAGACAUGGGUACUGGUAGUAUGUACAAGUCUAGACGUUGCCUAAUUAAUCUAUUAAUAAGGCUAUAUUUUAUAGUACUUAUCAUUUAUGGAAAUGGAAUUAAUUUGAAAACAUCUCUUUAUGUCUAUAUUAUAAUAUGAAAUUAUCAUUAAUAAUAAAUAAUUAACCAUAAUUUAAUUAUACAUCAAGUUCGUAUUAAUUAUUCGAAACCUCUGAAACAGUAAUUGCAAUCAGUUGUAAGGAUGUAACAUGAUCUGUUACGUUAGUUAGAAAAAUGCUAAUACAUCAGUUAGGAAAUCUCGUGUCAUUAAUUGUAGUCACCGUCAAAAGAAGCGGUGGUUUAAUAAAUAUUAAAAUACUAUCUGGAGCUAUACUUUCCAAAUGAUAAGAAAUAUUUUUCAGGUUAGAUAAGGCAUAUUUAAUCAAUACGUGUUUAUAUAAUCGUUUGCAAUUCGCGACUUUAAUAUAUGAGUAAUGUUGAGGAGCAUAAUAAUAUAUUUAUGCACUUGAAGCAAGUCUCUUUCAAGUAGAAGCCAAAUAUAAAACGUCUAAGUAACGUUAUGAAUUAUUUUUUUUAAUUUUUAUUUAUUGGUCAUCAAUUCAUUUUGUUCAUUACAUGGACAUCACCAUUAUGUAAUCAUAUUUUGAAAUCAUGAAGUGUUAUGCAAAUGUUUUGGGGGGAAUGUUAGUUAAAUAAAGUAUGUCUAAAUUAUAUACUACGUAACUACAGAUUUAUGUUAGAAAUAUCAAUUUUAGUGGUAGAAAGAACUUAUUUUAAUAACCAUUAACUGAACUGUUCUGUCACCAUAAUCAAAGUUAUCCUAUAGAUAUAGAAUAUAUCUGACACGUAGAAUAGGCGUUUAGAUGUCGUGGUCAUGUCGUGAAUAGUCGUAUUCCAUAAAGUAUGCAGUUUAAUUUGACUAAAUUUAAUCACUUAUUGUCAUCCACGAUUGGCCGGUUCUUAUAAACACACCACUUUGUUCACCCGGGUGAUAUCACUUCAUUAUUCCAUGAAAUACUCACGACUUUAAUGCGGUUAGCAAAUCUACGAUAUAGCCACGACAUAAGAAUAUGUACACAACAAAGCCAGACCUAUACAUACGUCAGGUAAUUUUUUCAUAGGUUGGUGUAGUGUCUGCAAGAGAACUAAUGCUUUAAUAUUUUGUUUUGUAGUACUGUUUAUUUGAAUGUCGUGUAUUGGAUGUAAUGUAAAAUUAUCGUUUGUUUCGAAUAUUUUUUGUUUGUUAUUAGUACGAUAAAAUAAUUAAUAAGAAUCUUUAAUAUUAUUUUUGUAUUUGCACUAGUGAUGUAACGAAUAUUCGCAUUCGUUAAUAUUCGCAUACUGUUUGAUGUUCACAUUCGCAAUUUUUUUAAUGUUUUUUAGAUUUAGACUAAAGUCUGAAUAAACCGGUCAAAGUAUACAACUGAAAUAAUAAAUUAGGGAGGAACCUAAUUUUGGUGGAAACCUUGAAUUCGCAAUUUUUCGCAUUUUGAGUAUUUGUCAGACAAGCUUUUUUAAUUACUUAAUAUUUGUUUGUAUUGUUUCAACUUCUUGAUAUUUAAAUUUGAGUAAUAUGCUUCAGAGACUCACAUUUUUAAGAUACUAAACACUUGAAACUAUAGCCCUUUGAUCCUUGAACUUUCAAUGCUCACAUGGGUCUAUGGGACUUCUGACACUUUGUUCUUAAUCGUGAUUCCAAAGGUCUUCAAAAAAUUUUACUCUUCCCUAAUUGUUAUUAUUUCAGUUGGCCACAUUGACCGGACUGACAAAAAUAAAUCCUAAUACAAAUUGAUCCAAAUUCUUUACUCAAUAUUCGCAUUCGUGAAUGUUUAAAAUACGACAUUCGUUACAUCACUAAUUCGCACUUGUAAAUGUUAUUUGAUUGUAAAUAAUAAUGCUUAUGUUGAACGAUCUUUAUUUGAGACCGAAUUGGUCUUUAUUAUUUAGGCCAUGUAAUUAAAUGUUAGCUUUUUGAAUUAUUUUUAAGUGUCGGGAACUUAAUAUUAUAUUAUCUUGAGUUAGAGUAUUUAUGUCAGCAAUGUCCUGUUAGCAUAUUUCGUUGAAAGCCACAAGUAAACAUAAUGUUAACAUUAUUUUUUGUUCAUAGUCAUACAUUUCAUAUUAUGUAAGUGAAUAUAAUAUUUUUUCCGAAGAAAGGGUAUGGUGACGUUGAGUAGGUUAAGACGUUACUACAAAUGCAGUGAUCAUAAAAUGCCUAUUUUAAAAGUAUCGAUAAAAUAUUUAAACGAAACGAAAAGAACAAAUUGAUAAUGGUUAUCGAAUAAAAAAAUAAUUUAUUACUUUUUCAAAUAGUUUAUUCAAGUAGUAGUCGCCGAUUUGUCACUCACACGAAUUAUAAGAUUCAAUCAGUAGUUCUCUUUUUUGGUCAUUAAAUAUUAGCUUUCUCCACAAAUGUGUACUUUCUACGAAAGUUUAUUCCGUACAUAUGUCUUUAAGUGUCACCGUGCCCUUCCUAUGGAAUUAACUAUUGCUGUUCUUCUCUGUGAAAAUACAGGGACGGCUAGGUGAAGGGGAGAUUAACGCUAGGAUGGGAAGAUGGCCGGGCGUUUUAGUCCGAUUUCUCCAUUAUUAGUUAUUUAAUUUAAUAUUAUAGUUUCCAUUAUUGUAAUUUUAAAAAUUGAUAGUAUUGCGUCAUAAAGGUCGUUAACAUUGGAGUUACUUGUGGCUGUGUGGUGGACGGACUUACGUUAAGUUUAAGUAUUAUAUAGAUUACAUUGUUGUUGAAGAGUAAGCUUAUUAUUAUAAUUUCUUAAACAAUAGCUAUUAGUGUGUAGCGUUGCAGUGCAGUUAAAUUGUUCCACUCGAGUAUAGGCAGUGUUACGAAGUAAUUGUGUUAAUGUUUUGAUUAUAUCCGAUAUUUACUGCACUCACCACUUGGCAUAAAAAUAAUAAGAUCUCAUUAAUCGUUAAUUAAUAAUUUGGAAUUUAACUGUUCUUAUAGAUAUUAUGGAAGUAAAGUCGGGUACACUUGUCAUAAAGUGUAGGUACAAAACAUUCUGAUUGAAACUGCAGCAUUGUACCGACUAUAAACAAUAGGAAAUUGCAUAUCAGUUAAGAGAAAUGGAACAUCGGCGACUUGAGUAACUUUUGUCUGAAUAGUACCUUACUUUGUGUUUGUAAAACUGUAGUUGUACACUAGUUUGUUUUUUUAUUAUUCAACAAAAAAAUGUAAAUUAAUCUGCUGUGUAGAUACUAUUAUAACGUGGCAUUUAUUAAAUAAUCUUACAAUAUAUGUUUCAGUGUACAAGUUAGUAGUGUAUAUAACACACUAUUAAAAUUAGGUAGCUUAAAUAUUUAUCUUCCCAUAUAUUUAAGGCUCCUAACUUCGGUUUAAUUACGAAUUCAUGUGAUACUUCAGACUAAGUUGUAUAAGUACAUGGAAAUAAAGGAACUUUGUCUUUAGAAUUGAA